UGUAAGGCUAUCUCCAAAGGCAUGGACAGUAGGAUGUCUGUUGCUUUAGCGCUAACAGUUAACAUGCCUCCUGAUAAACCUGUCAUUACGGUGGAUGGCAGUCCUAUGAGAACCGCCGUUCUUCACCAUGGGAAGAAACUUGCAUUGAGGUGUAGCAAGGGGCAACAAGGUGGACCAAAUCCGGACUCGUGGAAAUGGUUUAAGGACGGAUAUCUCGUUUUGGAUGGUAACUUGGCCCAAACGUUUCUUGCCCAUGAUACUGGAAAAUACAUAUGUCAGGCUUAUAAAGGUGGAUUGCCAAGUUUCAAGUCGGUACCACUGAGGGUAAUAGCUGAUGUAUUAACGACAGAGAAACCACGGAUCGGGCUUGGUGAGGCCAAAUCAAACAAUGCGACACUCGUCGAAAAAGGGGUGACCAUUAUCUUGACAUGUUACAAUCGGCCGUCAACGUCGCAGGAAAGUGCACUCGGUCUAACAUGGAGAUUUUUUAAGGACGGCAAACCCAUUGCAGCAGAUGUCCCAUCAGGUGAUACGUGGUUUACCACGUCAGCUGUGGUCAGCGAUGCCGGAUCUUACCAGUGCCAGGUCAUCGAAGAUGGAGUGGUCAGUGCUUUGUCUGAUCCUUUAAAUUUAACAGUUGCAGUGGCUCCAAGAAAGCCUGUUAUCAAAGAUGAAAACACCGGCCUUAAACCAGGAACAAUGACAGUCAACACUAAUGAAGAAUUGAAGUUGGUGUGCGUCAAGGGACCCGCCGGACCAAUCCCAGACUCGUGGUGGUGGUAUGUUGAUGGCACUCGUGAUAAUCGACGUGUUACAGGAGCGAAAAAAACCCAUUUAGUUGCAGCGGCUAGUGGGACGGAAAAGGUCCAGUGCAGGGCUUUCCAACUAGGAGUGGCCAGUCCCACUUCUGAUGCUGUAACUCUAGUUAUUAACGAGGCGCCCAUCAAGCCAGUCAUCGCUGAAGGCAGUAGAGUUGUGGCUUUUGAGGGAAUGGAAUUUAAACUGACGUGCAGGCAGGGCAAAAUAGGUAUUGGAGCAACCCCAACCCGUUGGAAAUGGGAGAAAGACGGCGUCCAAACUAACCAUGGUGUUUAUGGUGCCAUAUUUAGGAAGACCGCAGUGGUCUUGGAUGCUGGAAGGUAUUGCUGCCUGGCUGGCGCAGUUCAGUGGAGCAGUCCUUCGGACAAUUUGACGCUGAUCGUAACUGUUUCAGCUGCUCCGAAAAAGCCCGUCAUCAAGACAGGUGGGGAUGUAGUGCUGUCGCCAUUUAAGGACUCCGUCGGAGGAGAAAUUAGACAAAGGACAACUCUAAACCCUGGAGACAUCCUCACAUUGACGUGCGCCAAAGGGUUUGGUGGAGCGAUACCAGACAUGUUUAAAUGGUACAAGGAUAAUACGAAAAUAACGGCCGCUGUCACAGGAGCUACAUUAACAAAGACUACAGUGACCAGUGACGCCGGGACCUACAAAUGCGAGGCUCUCAAAGCUGGUCAGCCUGGUGCGUUUUCCAAUCUUCUGACGCUAUCAUUUAAUGCAGUGCGUCCUGGAAAACCCGUGAUUGAGGAGGGGGGCAAGGUCCACUCAACAGCCACUGUUGACCAAGGGUCAGCCUUCAUCCUCAAAUGCACUGGGGAAACUAUUGGAGAAAUACCGGACGCUUGGUUGUGGUACAAGGAUGGUAGACCGUCGGUUAAAGGUGCUACGCUUAGCAAACCUGCAGUGGCGAGGGAUGCGGGAUCUUAUCAGUGUUUGGCAGGCAUUGAUGGAACCGCGGGUCCAAAGUCUGAUGCGUUUAUUCUAACUGUGAAUUCUCCUCCUGAUAAGCCCUUGAUCAUCACCGAGAAUGUAAUGGUAAAGACACCAUAUAUUACCGUCUGUAAUGGGGCAAACUUCACCCUUACCUGCACCAAGGGGUCUGGGGGAGUAACCCCGGAUUCAUGGGAGUGGCACAAGAAUGGAAACACCCUUACAAUCGGCGUCUCAGGUGCUACGUUUACAAAGACUGCCGUAGUUGGUGAUGUUGGAUCGUACCAAUGCAAAGCCGUCAGAGGUCGAUUGGCCAGUUCUUCCGACAAUUUGUCACUACGCAUUGCUGUCGUCCCUCAUAAACCACGAAUCAUGAUCAGUGACAAGAUAAAGACGUCAGAAAUGAUAAGCCAAGGGAUGUGCAUUAUGUUGACAUGUGACAAGGGAGAGGGUGGACGGUCACCAAGAGGUCUAUCAUGGAAAUUUUAUAAGGACGGUAAACCUGUUGCAACAGACGUCCCAUCGGGUGAUACGUGGUUUACAAAGUCAGCUGUGGCCAGCGAUGCCGGAUCGUACCAGUGCCAGGUCAUCGAAGAUGAGAUGGCGAGUGCUUUGUCUGAGGCUUUAGAUAUAACAGUUGUGGUGCCUCCAGAGAAGCCAUUCGUCGUAGACGAUACCACCGGUUUGAAAACAUCAAGAAUGGUAGUCAACAUUCAUGAACAAAUAAGUGUGUCAUGCGUCAAAGGAUCGGGCGGGUCCAUUCCAGACAAGUGGUGGUGGUAUGAGAACGGCACUCGGAAUGAUAGAGGUGUUUCCCCUUCAUAUAGAACUCCUGAGAAAAGGAUCGCAAUCGGAAACAGCAGUGGAAGUGAAAUGGUCCAAUGCCGAGCUUUCCGAUAUGGUUUGGCCAGUCCCCUUUCCGAUGCUUUAGUUCUGGUAAUCAGCGAUCCUACCACAAAGCCAUUUAUCGUUGAAGGAAGUAACAUGACCAUAAAUGAAGGAAUGAAUUUCACUUUGACGUGCAGUCAGGGGAGUAGCGGUAAAAGAGUAACCACGACAAAAUGGAUGUGGGUAAAAGAUGGUGUCCAACUUAGCGGCAGUAAUUCCAGCGCCAUAUUCACGAAGACGGCGGUGUCCGGGGAUGCUGGAAGGUAUUGGUGCUUGGCUGGCGAAGUUAAGUGGAGCAGUCCUUCAGAAAACUUAACAUUAGUCGUAAACGUUGAUCCAGACAAGCCAUAUAUAACAGAACGCGGGGUGCCUACAACCGCAGUCACUCUCAACAUUGGAGCUGUGUUGAAAUUGACUUGCAACAAGAGGUCAAACGGACCAAUUCCAGUCUCGUGGAAAUGGUAUAGGAAUCACAGAGCAAUUACAGUGCACGCCCCCAGUGCUGUUUAUAGAAAGACUGUAGAGGAUGGUGAUACUGGUUCUUCAUAUCAGUGCCAAGCUUUUCAAGGUCAAUUCGCCAGUGUCUUAUCAGACGCUUUAAAAUUAACUGUCACCGUUGUACCGGGUACACCAUCGAUCAGUAUCGAUGGUGCAGUAGUUGAUUCUAGUGGAACUGCAACACUCAGCCAUGGAAAGACACUUAUGUUAUCGUGCCAAAGUUCACCACAUGGAGCGACCCCUAACGACUGGGAUUGGUAUAAAGAUAACAAGAUGAUCACUGAAGGUGUAUCAGGUGCUUUGUUCACCAAGGCUGCCGCAACAAGUGAUACUGGGUCGUACCGGUGCAAUGCAUGGCGACGGAGUCAUGCAAGUAAUACAUCUGUCCUGUCCGGUGUUCUGAACAUAAAUGUCAAAUGUCCAAUUGAUGUUUACGGCCGCAAAUACGAAAGAUUUAAGGACAAAAUGCUUGCGAGUACCAGUGUUACAAGGAUUUACCAUACCUCCCGGAGUGUACUACACUGUGUCACCACGUGUUUGAACCUGCAUCAAUGUGAUUGCUCGGCUGUAGAGUACAAUUUCAGCAACAAAGCAUGCGCAAUGGUUAAAGCUGUGACCGAUUCGGCGAUGCAGUCCCAAGCAGGCAUGGAUUUGCUUCUCCUAAAAUAACUGU